AUGUCCACCACAAAGUCUCAAUUUCACGAGCUAUCGAAUUCCCCAGUGCCAGCCUGGGCAUUCAGCACUGCACUGCUAGCUACCAAUGCUAUCAAGCCACCGAUCGAGGUCCAGUUAGCAGCUGCUUCCAGAGCUCAAACUUCAAGAAUCUUACCAACCAUUUUCAAACCCUCGAAACCUGUUUCUCCCUACCCAAAUGGUAUCCACACUUUACUUUUCAGCUCGUUCAUUGGACUUGGUGGAUUUAUGUGCUACGACAACGACCCGGUCAACGGUUCGGGGCUGAUUAGUGCAUGGAGUGUUCUGUAUUGUCUAGCCAACUCCCGUCGAGCCAUAUGGAGUUGGAAACUGUACCCUAAGUUUCUGCUAGCAGGAGCGGGCCUGAAUAGCGUUGUUUAUGGUGGUCGUUUCUUCGGAUUCCUCUAA